AUGGCCCCCCACGAAGGAUUAGUUCACCCAAAGGAGUACGACAUCAAAAACAGCAAUGUGGAGCUGAUCGGAACCGACAUUGACCACCGUGUCAAGUACAACUCGGCCGCCAGCGAGCCCGCCUGGAACAACGGCAAGAUCGGACAGGAACCCGGGCUCUUCAUCUGGCGAAUCGAGAAUUUCCAAGUUGUCCCAUGGCCAAAGGAGCGCUUGGGUGAGUUCUACGAGGGCGACAGCUACAUUGUGCUGCACUCGUACAAGGUCGGUGAUGCCGACAAGCUAGGCCACGACAUUUUCUUCUGGUUGGGAAACAAAACCACCCAAGAUGAGGCUGGUACUGCCGCUUACAAGACGGUUGAGUUGGAUGAGUUUUUGCAUGGUGCUGCAACUCAGCAUCGGGAAGUGCAGCGGCACCCAUCGGAGGAGUUUGUGUCGCUGUUCCGUCGCAUCUCGAUCAAGUCUGGAGGCGUGGCUUCGGGAUUCCGUCAUGUCGAGGAAGAGGAACCCAAGGAGGUGCUUACGUUGCUUCGCAUCUUUAAGCAUCCUGGUGCUGGUCGCAUUGACUCUAUUAUCGUUCAUGAAGUGGAGCCGACCUGGCAGAGCCUCGACGAUGGCGAUGUCUUUGUCUUGGACAAGGGCGACAAGAUCUGGGUCUGGCAAGGCAAGAGCUGCAGCCCGAUGGAAAAGGCCAAGGCAGCUCAGGUCGUCAAUGAUCUGAUUCUAGCCAAACAUGUUGACGUUGAAGUCCUUUCGCAACUCGAACCGAGAUCGAAGAUCAUUGUGGACUUGCUAGGAGGAAAGGAGGUGAAUCAAUUAUCCUUCCAGGCACCGCGACCUGUGUCCUUCCCCAAGAAGACGGGAGAUGACAACAUCGAUGCUCGCCCGCGCAAACUGUUCAGGUUUAGCGACUCCUCGGGUGCAUUGUCCUUUGAUCUUGUUAAGGAUGGUGGUCGGAUUCGCCAAUCCGAUUUCGAUGGAAACGACGUCUUCCUUUAUGAUUCCGGUAACAGGCUCUGGGUCUGGCAAGGCCUGGGGGCUAGUGCGAGGGAGAAGGCUUUGUGGAUCAAGGUCGCCCAGGCUUACCUCCGUCAGCUUCAAGAAAGCCAAGAAAGCUCGGAGGCCUACCUUACUCCCAUUGCAAAGGUUGUACAAGGUCACGAAAGCCCGGCAUUCGCGAAAGCGCUGGAGGUUUAG